AUAUGAGCGAUCAAUAUAAAAAUGAUAUUGAUCGAAUUCAGAAACUAAUAGUAUCUAUUAAAACUGAUAUCAAUAAAAGAGAAUAAAAAAAGAAGGCAGGAUAAUAGUUUACAAUAAUUGAAGGUGAAAUUCGAGGCUAAUUGACUAAUUUAGGUAAUAAUUUCCUCUAAUAAAUGAAGAUCGUGAAUUAGUAUUAUUAGGUGAUCUGAUCAAACUUUAAGAAAAGAACUAAAUGUAGAAAGAAUAAGAGAAACGUAGGAAUUAAUUAUAAGAGUUUAAAAAUUAGCGAGACAUUAUCUCUGAAUAAUUCAAGAAAGCUGUUCUUGAAACAAAAUAAGAGCAAUAAGUUACAUCAAAAUAAAUGGCUGAAUUAAGUAAUAUGUCCAAUAGAGAACUUUUUAAAAACUAAAAAGAUUUAUAAUAAGAAUAAGAAAAAUUGUUGGAUUAAACUAAUGAACAAGUAAAUUUUUUAUUUAUUUUAAGGCUAUGGCUCUAAAGUACUCAGGAUAGAAUAUUAACCAUACCAUAAAUUAAUAAAUUAUUGAUCUCAAUAAAUUAAAUGAUGACGUAGAUAAAACCAAUAAGAACAUGACAUUCGUUAAUUCCAAAUUUGCAUCAAUUAUCUAAAAGUCUUCAAAUUGUUGGCUAAUUAUAAUAAUUGUUGUUGAAGUUAUUCUACUCAUUUGUUUUAUCCUCUUCCUUUGAAAUUUGAAAUUAUUAAUAUGUAU